CGGAUUCCGGAGUAUCGUAGUUAGGUAAUCGGCUGGCGAAGACUUGUGAUUCGAAAGUCUUCGGACCUCAAAGCCAGGGCUCGCGAACACUUGCCUACGAACCCAUGACUGCUUCUUGACCGACUCUCUAACGGAAAGGAGCGCCUUAUGCCAUGUUUUAAUACCAAGCCAUUGCCUAGUGUAUGUGGGUUUGAGCUUAUGGCUCUCGGUAAUUAUCUCGGUUUUGCCGAUGCAGCCGAUGCUAGGAGCCCUUUCCAAUGUUUACUUAAAUUCAAAACUGUCUCCUUGUACAAUUGAACUCCAAAAGCAGUAGAGGAGUUAAAAGAUGGCAACUCAAACUUCGGAUGGGUUGGAACCUCGCUUCUCUCUUCCAUCGAGUACACCGCUCUCGAGUAAGACAGAAUUGGUGAUCGGCGGCCUCAAAGUCUACGUUUACGGUCUCAAGGAGAUUGAUGAAUUGGUGGGAUGUAAUCAAGAGAUAGCAGUCUUGUAUCUCGCACACAACCGAACCCGUACAUAUCGUGUUAUGGAAGAGUUGGCUCAUGAGGUCUUGUACCGCUACCGUACACACGCGGCAAAGAGCCAAAGAGUGGGGUUGAUUGCUCUGACGAUGAAUAUGAGAAAUCAUGGAGACCGCGAGGUCUUUCCCCAGGCGAAUAAAACAUGGAAAGACGGCAAUGAGAAUCAUGCGAUGGACCUGGUAUCCAUGAUUUCUGGUUCGGCUCAUGAUUUCAAACUCGUGGUUGAUUAUCUCCCUUGCUAUCUUCCCCAAUUUACCCGCUUUUACAAUAUCAUGGCUGGUGUUUCAUUAGGCGGCCAUACUGCCUGGCGCAUUGCUUCAUUAGCUGCCCCAGGCCAAUUUCACGCAUUCGCAAUCAUAGUUGGCAGUCCCAACUUGGCGUCUCUUUUGCUUAGUCGUUUAGGGAUUGACUCAGCCGAAAUAGAACUGUCACCGGCAUCAACCGAGGAGCCAAGGGCCUUUAGAUACGAUGAACUGAAGAAACUCAUGACUACGACGCAACAACGACGCUGGCCUCUCGCUCUAGCCGAAAUUGUUCAUCGAGAUGAUGGGAAAGUAGCAGAGGAUUUUCCUUCAGAUAUACCUCUGCUGCUGUGCAAUGGAAUGUAUGACCAAUUGGUGCCCGUAAAGUACACAGCAACAUGGGUGGAGGAGAGAAGGCGACUCCGAAGUGAGCAAAGCGAUAAGCGACAUGAUAAUGUCACCUUCUUUGUACAGGAGAACACAGGGCACAGCUGCACCAAGGAGAUGGUUGCAAUGAUGGCAGUGUGGCUCGGAGAUGUCCUUGUGCCGUAUUCUAGGCCGAUGCUAUGAGCUGAUUCUUUUAUUCGUAAAGGUCCUGUACCUUGGACCCGGGUGCCGUAGAUUUAAGGGUACAAGUCGAUUUGUGUGCAUUAGUUCGGAUAUAAAAUGUGGAUCUUUUAACCACCCUACCAAAAGGGGCGCAACCCUUACUUGAUAAGAAUUAUCUUGGUUGUUUUGGUUGCAUCUCCUUU